AUGACGAAUCUACCUGACGUCACAGUGCACAAUGUGACGAAUCUACCCGACGUCACAGUGCACAAUAUGGCGAAUCUACCUGACGUCACAGUGCACAAUGUGACGAAUCUACCCGACGUCACAGUGCACAAUGUGACGAAUCUACCCGACGUCACAGUGCACAAUAUGGCGAAUCUACUUGACGUCACAGUGCACAAUAUGACGAAUCUACCUGACGUCACAGUGCACAAUAUGACGAAUCUACCUGACGUCACAGUGAACAAUAUGACGAAUCUACCUGACGUCGCAGUGCACAAUAUGACGAAUCUACCUGACGUCCCAGUGCACAAUAUGAUGAAUAUACCUGACGUCACAGUGAAAAAUAUGACGAAUCUACCUGACGUCACAGUGCACCGUAUGACGAAUCUACCUGACGUCACAGUGCACAAUUUGACGAAUCUACCUGAUGUCACAGUGCACAAUAUGACGAAUCUACCUGACGUCACAGUGCACAAUAUGACAAAUCUACCUGACGUCACAGUGCACACAGAAAAUACAGUAUUUAUACAGUAA